UAUUAAAUGUAGACAGCGUGUGGCAAAUUUUCACCUGUUGUUUGUUUAAUUUAAAAUAAGUUUAAAAACAUUCGGAUUAUACAAAUAAGUUCGCUACCUUUAAAUCUGUGUGAAUAUCGAGUGUGUGCCGCAGUUAAGCGAGUUUUUAGAGAAGUAUCAGCGUGUAAAAAAUAAAUUAAGUUGAACUGGUGCUGCAGUCAAAAGCUCCGUUAAACUAGGAUUUCCAUAGAUUUAUUACGCUUGGAAUGGAUCGUAACUUUCAAUUGGAUUCGCACUAAACAUUUUAUUGACAAAAACACACACAAAUACAGACAUGCAAAUGAUGACAUUGGCGGCUACUAUCACAGCGCCUCGGGCACGCCAGACAACACGGUGCGAGGUCGUUAUGGUUCGCGUAGUCCAGCGAGCGGCCAAAUCGAGGAGACCGUCUACACAGCCGGACCACGUGGUUUUCGCGUGAAUGGACCGAAGAUACAUCGCAAAAUGGACUUGGCGCAGUAUCCGGUGCGGCCGCGCGGCAGCCCCGACGACCCGCUGGCCGAUCCCUUUGAUGAUCCCUCCUACAGCUUCAGCUACCGCACGCCGGAUCAGUCGAGGAGCGAGGAAAACGAUGCAGGAAAUAGGAUCAGGGGUCUCUAUUCGUACUUGGAUGACGUGGGAGAGCGUCACAGUGUGCGCUAUGCUGCAGGCGCUGGCACUGGCUUCGAGAUCUCCAAUGCCGUGCCCGACAAUCCCUCCAGCGUUGCCUACUCCAGUCCGCUGUACAAGGCGCCGCCCAGGACACGCGGCAAGAUGUCCGUGCAGCGUGGCCCGGCGGGCAGCUACAAGCUGAUUGCCGCCGGACCGGAUCAUCGGCGUGCGGAGAGUCGUGCGCCGGAUGGCCUCGUGCGCGGCACUUACUCCUUCCUCGACGACAAGGGUGUGCAGCGGACGGUGGAGUACAUUGCGGGCGCGGGCAUUGGCUAUCGCGUGGUGCACAAUCGCAUUGGCCCGGGCACGCACAUCAAUCCCUCGGUGGCCGACUUCCGGCUGGCGGACACGGACUUCCGGCUGGCCAAUGACUUUGGCAGGGGCGCGGGCGGGCGCUUGGGCGUGGCCAGUGGCGGUGCAGGUGCCACGGAUUAUCUGAAACCCAGUGGAGGAGGCAGCAGAGGAGGAGGAGCUGGCAGCAGAGGGGGAGGAGCUGGCAGCAGAGGGGGUGCUGGCAGCAGAGGUGCUGGAGGAGAUGAGGGACCGGCUGCAGAUGGAAAUGGCGCAGCGGAGGAUGAUCUGGCAGCCGAUGGCAAUGGCGGAGGCGAUGAGGAUGAGGAUUCCGGACUCAGCGGCACUUCCAGUGGUUCCAGCUCCUUCCGCGGCAAGGAGGAUCGCUGGGGCUAUGCAGCGGGCAGCCCGCCAAGAGGCAGCACCACAUACGACGCAGCAGAGAGGGAGAGGGGUGGCGGAGGAGGAGUAAAGGCUGGCACUCGCACAGGCGGAGGCGGCAGCGCCACGCGACAGAAGGGCGGCGGUGGGGGCUCCACGCGCAUCAAUGCCAGCGGCACACGGAAUCAAAAUCGCUUCAGCGGCAGGGGAGGCAGCGCGGAAAGAGGAGGCGGUGGUGGAGGGGGAGGCGGAACAAGCACACGCAGGGGCGGAGCAGCGUCCAGCGAAGGUGAGUCCAGCGGGGGCUAUCUGCCACCCACUGGAGGAGGAGGCAGCGGAGGAGGAGGAGGCAGCUCCACUGGCAGUGCCAUCAGCGGCCCCGGCGACAAUUACAACCUCAACGAUGACGAUGUCGGCAGCUCCCUGCCGCCCUUGGUCACGGCCAAUCAUCGCAUCCUGGAGAUCGAUCGGGACCGGGACUGGGUGCUGCGGCAUCGCGACUCCACGGUGAUCAAGAACGUGGGCAAAUGGUAUUUGGGUCUGCCCCCAGGCCAGAGUGUGCGGGCGCACGUGCAGAACAUAGACAUUGUGCCGCUGGGCGGACGGGUGGGGCUGUCCCCGUCGGAGGCGCUGCGGCAGGAUGAGAUUGCCGAUUUGGCUGCCUCCAGGGAGCACUAAGCCCGGAAACUCCUACUCCUACUCCUACUUCCCCUUGGAUUAUUUUGUAGUGCGUAGCC